AUGAACCACUCUUACAGAGCCGUGUCCUCACCGGGAAGGCUUUCGAUGCCCAGCCCCGCUGCUCCCCUCGCCCUUUCAGAUUUCAUUCUCCAAAGACCACUCUCGCCAUAUUCCUUUGCUUACGAUGGACAAGCGGCUGCAAGCCCAGACGCUACCUUGGCCGAAGGCGACCACCAAUCGUCACAGCCCCAGCUACUGGGCGAAACAAGCAGAACGAGAUCAGCAGCAACAGUACCGAUGGCCAAGCUAGGAGGUGAUAGUCCGGCCAAGUAUCCGGGACUUUCAACCGUCUCGAUUGGUGCCCCAAGCCCAAGUCAGGAAGCUGUACGGAAGGAAGAAGGAACAUCGGAAUCUCUGUCAACAAUGACACCCUUGGAGUCUCCACCGCCCGUAACGGCUCAGAACUGGUUGGCGACACGUCAACAAAUUAUACCCGGGCGCAAUGUCAAAAAGGCUGACUGGAUCCGGGGAUGGAGCGAGUCUGUCGUUAACCUCGGGAAUACGACAUAUUGUUGCUGCUCAGAAAGCUUCACGGCCAGGGGCCGCGGAUGGAAGGGCAAAGGGGGUGAUCUCACGAGCGGGGUGCGAGCCAUUCUGCCGGUUACUAGAUCCUCCUCUGGCGGCCUUGACACCGCAGUGAGAGAUUUCGGCCCGCUCAAUGUUGAUGAGCCAGAAGAGAAGGUUGGACGGAGCACGCGAACAGAGUUCACUCGGAGACUCGGUGGACUUCUUCGCCGGGUCAUGCCCAGUCGAAGUGACAGCGACCGCCAGGUAUCACAGAAGCAUUUGGACCGGAAUUUCACCGCCAGGUCGACGCCCGUGAGCGGCGCCUACGGUAAUAGACAGCAGAAGGCCACGGCGUCCCCAGUCAAACCGUCGCGUCUGUCCGGUUUCAAUGCUAUAAUAUCGAAGGAAGCCCCUGAUAACCAACCGAAGAUGACAAAGAAUUCAUGGUCAACAACUCCAAGACAGCCAGCCGUCUUGAAUGGCACUCGCGGAGGCCAUAACCAGCUGCAGUCAGAAUCAGACGAGUCGAGCGAUUCUGAUGACCCCCGGGCAAAGAUCGGAUUGAAAGUCAGCUAUGCACGUCUGCAGCGGGCAGCGAAACUGUUGGAGCGCAACAAGUCAUGA